AUGGCAUCAGACAGCGAAGUGAAAACGUUACUGAAUUUUGUGAACCUGGCCUCUAGUGACAUCAAAGCCGCUCUGGACAAGUCUGCUCCCUGCCGCCGCUCAGUUGACCACAGAAAAUACUUGCAGAAGCAGCUCAAGCGUUUUUCUCAGAAAUAUUCCAGGAUCCCAAGAUGCCACCCCAGCAAAUCCAUGGAAUCCAGCUCCAAACGGGGGGCAGAGGAUAGAAAUCGCAGUUCAGACCCAGAUGGCCCGGAUCCAAAUCACUGCAGAGCGUCCAGUGAAAAGGCCCUGAGGCUAUCAGAGGUGGAGGAGAACUUCAGUGGGGCACAGGUUUUGCAAGAGCAAAGUCCAGAGUCUGUAAGGCCAGAUCAGGUGCCCAUGAGGAAAAGACAGCUGCCUGCUUCCUUCUGGGAAGAACCCAGACCAACUCAGAGUCUGCUGGUCGGGAGCUUUCCUGCCGGAUUGGAUGGGCUCCCAAACUCCAGGGACCUCCCUCCUUACGAGGGCAAGAAAAGCAAAAAGGGUCCUGAUACCACUGAGCCAGGCAGCCCCCCUCUGCCUGCCCAGCCCAGUGGGGAGAAGGAGCCUAUCAAAGUGCCCGGGACAUCCUUAUCUGGCCGGAUGAAUGCCUGGAGCUGCUGUCCAUUUCAGUACCAUGGACAACCUGUUUACCAAACCCAUGGAGCCCUACCUCAAUCACCCUUUCCAGGCCUGGGGCUAUGGAGGAAAAGCACAGCACCUGCAGGGGAGAUCCAACACUUCUGCAAGGAGGCGGGCAGUAUGGGGCAGAAACUAUACAGACCAGUGGUUUUGAAACCCAUCCCUACCAAGCCGGCAGUGCCACCUCCUAUUUUCAAUGUGUUUGGAUACAUUUAG